AUGACUCAAAGGAGAAGGGGGAUCCUGCUGCUCAUCAUCCUCACCUCAUGUGUCUGUGGAUCAUUUGUAGUCAAUGUGACACAGACCUCCUAUCAGGCAGAGGAGAACCACAACAUCACACUGGAGUGGAUGUUCACCACCAAACCUGACAGAGUCACCAAAACUCUCAACAUCCUCUGUGGACUGAUAACUGAGCAUAAAGUCUCAGUCCUGUAUCGUGUUCAUGAAGGUGUUGAGGUGUCAGAGUCUCAGGAUGCAAAGUUUUCAGGACGAGUCCAGAGUGACAAAGACGCCCUCAGAGAAGGACGAAUCAGACUUCAACUGUCCAGACUCAGGACUGAUGACUCGGGUCUGUACCUGUGUGAGGUCAACACUGAUUAUGGCUUCAGUGUUGGAAGAUGUCGACUCAACGUCACUGCAGUGAGGGAUUUUCCUGAAUCUGCGAGAAAACCUGAGGCAUCAAACACAGAGAGUCGAGGGAGGAUCGGCCUCUACUGUGGAGUGACAGCAGCUCUGCUGCUUCUCUGCUGCUUUUCAUUUAUUUACUGUCUAAAUAACAGGAUUUCUACACAAAGUCGACGGUUGGAUGUCGGAAAACUUUGAGCUCAUCAGAUAAAUAAGUGAAAACAAUUUGAUCAACAAUGUAAAUGAGACUGCUAGAGGGUUUGGUGGAAAGAUAAUAAUGAGCCACAAUCUAGAGCUGAUCCACAAAACAAUGAAGGAAACUCCUCUUCAUGUUUAUAUUGUUCAUUACUUACACAGUAAACUUUUAUCACACUGUCACUGAUGAGAAACGUAAGUGAUCUGCUUCUUUAUUUUCUGAUCUCAUAAAAACUGUCAGACUGCAGUUGUGAGUAAACUGUUAUUAAGCGAAAUAGAAGAAGAAGAAAACAACAACAGUGACAC